GUUACGGUGAGAAGCAGUUCGUUUAAGAAGUUUGUCGCUGUCGGUUUUAGAGGCAAAAACCUCAAUCCCAAUCAAAUUCAAGACCAACUCUUCGAGUAAGCAAAAAUCGAAAACCGCUCACGGUUCGGUACUGACGUGCGCGCGUUCACCCCUUUUUAACAGAACGGACAAUCGUAUAGGCUACACGAAAUUCGUUUUCGAAUUCAUAUAUAUUCGGUUUUAGCGCUACUUUUUGGAGCUACAGCAGCAGUUUACAUUGUCACUUAACGAAAAUGUUCCGUUUUAUCCUUUUAAGCACCCUAGUUGCCAUUGCCGCCAGUCAGGGUUACAAUCAAAAUCCCAAGACAGCGGCCAUUAUUAGUGAACAACGUUACCUUGCCGGCGAUGGCAAAUUCGGUGCCGCCUAUACACAAGAAGAUGGUAUUAACUUCAAGGAGGAAACCGAUGCUGAUGGUACACGUCACGGUAGCUACAGUUAUGUAGAUCCUACAGGAGAACGUCGUACAAUUUCCUACACUGCUGGCAAAAAUGGUUUCCAAGCCAGCGGCGAUCACUUGCCCGUUCCACCACCAGCACCACCACAACCCGUCCCACAGCCGGGCUAUGCACCACAGCCACAAUACCAGCCACCAGCACAGUCGGGCGGUUACCGCAGCAAUGACUACGAUGACGGUUCCUACGAUCAACGUUACAAUGAUCCAGGUUUUGGUCAGCAACAAGGUGGUUAUCAAGCACCACAACAACCACAAUAUCAGCCACCACAACAGCCCGCCUACAAUCCACCACCACAACAACCCGCAUACAAUCCACCGGCGCCACAAUACAACAGCUACCAGCAACCGCAACAGCCACAACAACAACCCUACUAUCAACCGACCACACCCAAUCCACACCGCUUCGCACCACCCGGCAAAUUGUCACUGAAUCGCACACCCGAUGGCUUCAGCUACAGCUUCAACAAGGUCUAAGUGUCGCAUGAUGGCUGUGGGUGUGGAGUGGUCAAGAAUCGAAGUGGUCUAGUGGGUAGGCGUUGAAAGUAGUAAUAAACAAAAACAAAA